AUGCAUGGGGGCAAGAGAGGACUGGUGGCUCCGCAGAAUACUUUUCUGGAAAAUAUUGUCCGGCGCUCCAGCGAAACCAGUUUCCUUCUGGGAAACGCACAGAUCGUGGAGUGGCCAGUCGUUUACAGCAACGAUGGAUUCUGCAAGUUGUCUGGAUACAACAGAGCCGAAGUCAUGCACAGAAGCAGCUCGUGCAAUUUCAUGUAUGGUGACCUGACUGAUAAGAAGAGUAUAGACAAAAUCAGACAGACCUUUGAUAACUAUGAGUCCCAUUUCUAUGAGGUGCUGCUCUAUACAAAGAAUAGAACACCGAUAUGGCUCUACAUGCAGGUAGCUCCCAUCAGAAAUGAGAACAACAAGGUGGUGCUUUUCCUCUGCACCUUCAGAGACAUUACGCUUUUCAAACAGCCGAUUGAAGAUGAAACAACUAAAGGAUGGACAAAGUUUGCCAGACUGACUCGGGCACUGACCAACAAUCGAAACCUGGUGCAGCAGUUAGCACCGCUGAGCACUGAGGUCAGCCACAAGCCCUCCAGACUGGCUGAGGCUCUUCAGCUGGGGUCAGACAUCCUCCCUCAGUACAAACAAGAGGCCCCAAAGACCCCUCCACACAUCAUCCUCCACUACUGCACCUUCAAGACCACCUGGGACUGGGUCAUCCUCAUCCUCACCUUCUACACCGCCAUCAUGGUGCCCUACAACGUCUCCUUUAAGACAAAGCAAAACAAUUUGGUUUGGCUGGUGCUGGACAGCAUCGUGGACAUCAUCUUCCUGAUUGACAUCGUGCUCAACUUCCACACCACCUUUGUGGGUCCUACUGGGGAGGUGAUUUCAGACGCGAAGCUCAUACGAAUGAAUUACCUGAAGACGUGGUUCGUCAUCGACCUGCUGUCCUGUCUGCCCUACGACAUCAUCAACGCCUUCGAACACGUAAAUGAGGAUGUCAUCACAUCUUCGUCUCGAGCAAGUCAUCUUCAUGAGUCUUCAAUUUUCCUCAGGAACGCCACACGAACAGAAGACUCUCUAUUCCCAGGUCUCAGCAGUUUGUUCAGCUCCCUAAAGGUGGUCCGCCUGCUCCGGUUGGGCCGGGUGGCCCGCAAACUGGACCACUACCUGGAAUAUGGAGCAGCCGUCCUGGUUCUGCUGGUGUGCGUCUUCGGUCUGGUGGCCCACUGGUUGGCCUGCAUCUGGUACAGCAUCGGGGACAACGAAGUCAUCGAUUAUACCACCAACACCAUUAAGACAGACAGCUGGCUCUACCAGUUGGCCCUGAGCAUUGGGACUCCUUACCGCUACAACGCCAGCGGUACAGGACAGUGGGAGGGGGGUCCCAACAAGGACACGUUGUACAUUUCUUCUCUCUACUUCACCAUGACGAGUCUCACCACCAUCGGAUUUGGCAACAUCGCUCCGGCCACGGAUGGAGAGAAGAUUUUCUCUGUGGCUAUGAUGAUGGUGGGCUCGCUGCUAUAUGCAACCAUUUUUGGAAAUGUCACCACCAUCUUCCAGCAGAUGUACACCAACACAAACCGCUACCAUGAGAUGUGCAACAACGUGCGUGACUUCCUGAAGCUUUAUCAGGUUCCCAAAGGUCUGAGUGAGAGGGUCAUGGACUUCAUCGUCUCCACCUGGGCCAUGUCUAAGGGCAUUGACACAGAUAAGGUUCUCUCAAUUUGUCCCAAAGACAUGCGGGCGGACAUCUGCGUCCACCUCAACCGGCAGGUGUUCAACGAUCACCCGGCGUUUCGUCUGGCGAGCGACGGCUGUCUGCGCUCUUUAGCUGUGGAGUUUCAGACCACACACUGUGCACCUGGAGACCUCAUCUUUCACGUCGGAGAGAGCGUGGACACCCUCUGCUUUGUAGUCUCCGGCUCACUAGAAGUCAUCCAGGACGAUGAGGUCAUCGCAAUACUCGGUAAAGGUGAUGUGUUUGGAGACGUGUUCUGGAAAGAGACCACGCUGGCCCGGGCUUGUGCGAAUGUCCGAGCUUUGACCUACUGCGACCUGCACGUCAUCCGGAGAGACGCUCUGAUGAGGGUGCUGGAGUUUUACACGGCGUUCGCCAACACGUUCUCCCGCAACCUCAUCCUCACCUGCAAUCUACGAAAACGGAUAAUCUUCAGAAAGAUUGCUGAUGUGAAGAGGGAGCAGGAGCGCCGAAAAAACGAGGUGACUCUCUGUAUUCCUGAAGACCACCCAGUCCGCAAGCUGUUCCAGAGGUUCAGACAGCAGAGAGACACUCAACCACCGGGAGAGUCUCACUCUUACUUUGAUCACAACUGUGUACAGGUGGAGCCGCAGCACCAGCGUCACUCCGAAUCAAACUCUUACACACAGUGUCAGUCUGUAUCUCCUCAGCAGCAGGAGUACAGCUCCGCGGUGCAGAAUAAUGCACCCUGCUCGGGAGGGGGGAACGCAGGCAGCGGUUGCAGCAUGGCUGCCCCUCCACAAGCGUUUGUCCACGCUGAGACGUCAGAGCAAAGCUGCACACAAGAGGCCGGGGAGACUACAGCCAGGCCCGGUGCAGAGAGUCAGCUUUGUCAGAGGGUCAACAGCCCUGUGAAGAGCAGUGGUGCAGGUGGAGAGGGAGCUGUAGGUGGCAUUACUGGCAGCAGAGGCUGGGCAAAGUUUAGAAAUGCUGCUUCAACUGCACCACCGCCUCCUGCUGUCGAGCCAGAAAAGAAGCCACAGAAAGCAGAGGAGUGGCAGAAAGGACCCCAGUCCUCAGAACGGCUAGCAGCCGCCAACAAGAACCAGGAAUUGGAGGAAAGUGGAGAGACGGGGAGCACAGAGGUGGGCAACAGUGCUGGAGAGGCGGGUGAAGAAAUAAGCGCCCUGCACAAAACUGACUCCUGUGACAGUGGUAUCACAAAGAGCGAUCUGCGCAUCGACCGAGCCGGAGAUUCGAGGAGCUCCUUUGAAAGAAGCCCAAUGGAAAGGAGCCCUCUGGAGAGAAACCCGUUUGAGCACAGCCUCGGGGUCGACUCCCUCAAACACUCUUUUGUUCAGCCGGUGUCUGAACAAGCGCUCCUUCAAGCCACCCUGCAUGAGGCCAAGCUGGAGCUGAAGGCAGACAUUCAGAAACUGAGCGGCCGCCUGUCGGUGCUCGAGUCUCAGGUGAGCGAGAUCCUCAGGCUGCUGUCGAUGAGAAGAAGACUCUCGCUGCCUCCGACCUCUUCCCCGAAGGCCAGAGUGAAAUAUCAGGACUCAUUCGCUGCCUCCAAGCCGGUCACACCAAAGGCAGACGAUGGGCCUUUUUGA